AUGGACGAAAUCGAAAAGAAGAGAAAGUUUGGGUCUACAGAGGCGACAAAGUUGCCCGCCAAGAAGCAGAAGACUCGCGCAGCCGUCAAAAAGCCGACCAAAGCCAAGCGCAGCGUCACCGCCGACAAGCUACAAUGGCGCUCAGCGACCCUUCCCGACAUGUUCAACGAUGCUGAAGGCUUUUUCGGGCUUGAAGAAGUGGACGAUGUCGAGGUUGUCAAGCUUGGAAACAACAACAUAGAAUUCAGAGUCGCUGGUGUUUCAACAGAAGAUGACGAAAGUGAUGAAUUCGAAGGCUUCGACGAUGAUCUCGCCGAUAAACCAAUUCCAACGCAGGUUGAAAGCGAGGAAGUAGUGGAUUCGGAGAAAACACAAAAGAAGAAGCCAGAGACGAAGCAACAACAGGAGAAGCCAGAGAAGACGAAACAACCCGAGAAUCCCGCCAAGACAAACCAACAGGAGAAGGCAGAUGCUAAGAAAGAAAAGAAGAAAACAGCGAAGCAGGCGAAGAAAGACUCUGAGCUUGAGAGCAACGUAUUUGCUGCUUUGGACGAUGUGGACAUGGCAGAAGAUGAUGUUGACCUUUCUGCUUGGGUGCGGUUAGAGCUGUCUCCGGGCAUGCUUUCAGGACUAGCCAAGCUCAAGUUUACGAAACCAACGCCCAUUCAAGCUGCCACGAUACCGCAUAUUCUGGCCGGAAAUGACGUGAUCGGAAAGGCGUCUACUGGAUCUGGAAAGACGCUGGCUUUCUCUAUUCCCAUCGUCGAGAAGUGGUUGGAGCGCGCAGAGGCGGACAGUAGUUCAGAGGCGUCUAAAGGACCCAUUGCCCUAAUCCUCUCUCCUACCAGAGAAUUGGCACAUCAAAUCACUGACCACAUUAAAGACUUGUGUGAAGGACUGCCGAACUCGCCUUUCGUCUGCUCCGUCACGGGAGGUCUUUCAGUGCACAAACAACAGCGACAGCUGCUGAAGGCGGACAUCGUGGUGGCAACACCUGGCCGUUUGUGGGAAGUCAUUAGCGCUAGCACUGAAGUUAUGGACAAGUUCAAGACCAUCAGCUUCCUGGUGAUAGAUGAAGCAGAUAGGCUGUUGACUGACGGUCACUUUAAGGAGGCCGAGGAUAUAUUCAAUGCACUUGACCGUAUCGAAACAAAUGAAAACGAGAAGGAUCAAGAUACCGCAUCUCGGCAAACGCUCGUGUUCUCUGCGACGUUCCACAAGGGUCUUCAACAGAAGCUCGCCGGCAAGGGCAAAUAUGGGUUGAUGGAGAAGGAGGAUUCGAUGGAAUACCUCCUGAAGCUCAACUUUCGAGAAGAGAAUCCAAAGUUCGUCGACGUCAACCCGGUGUCUCAGAUGGCCGCAGGGUUGAAGGAAGGUCUUGUGGAAUGCGGCGCAAUGGAAAAGGAUCUUUACCUCUACAUGCUUUUGCUUCUGUACCCAAGGGCACGUACUCUUGUCUUUACCAACUCCAUCAGCGCGGCUCGCCGUAUUACACCCAUGCUGCAAAUGUUGAACCUUCCUACCAACCCGUUACAUUCCCAAAUGGCUCAGAAAGCGCGACUACGAUCUAUUGAACGAUUCACAGGAGCUCCAAAUGGCACCGCCUCCAUUCUCAUCGCCACCGAUGUUGCCGCACGCGGUCUCGAUAUCCCUGGCGUCGACCUUAUCAUUCAUUACCAUGUGCCGCGAGCUGCAGAUGCUUACGUCCAUCGGUCAGGAAGAACCGCUCGAGCUGAGAAGACUGGAUUGAGUAUCCUUCUCUGUGGGCCAGAAGAAGUGAUUCCUACUCGGAGACUCAUUUCCAAGGUGCAUUCUCAGAGGAAAGGCGGCGGGAAGCAUUUCUUCGUCCAGACCCUCGAUUUGGAUCAUAAACUCGCCAACCGACUCAAGCCCCGGCUCACACUCGCCAAGAAAAUCUCAGAUGCUAGCUUGGCAAAAGAAAAGGGGAGCAAAGAAGAUGACUGGAUGCGGAACGCAGCAGAAGAACUUGGCGUGGAUUACGACAGCGAAGAGUUGGAAAAGGCCGGCGAGUGGGGAGGUCGCGGGCGGGGGAGAAAGGAGAAACAGAAGGAAGCGAGGGCCCUGACCAAGGCCGAGCUUGGUGCUAUGCGAGCUGAGCUAAGAGAACUCCUCUCGAGGCGUGUCAAUGCUGGCGUGAGUGAGAAAUACAUCGCUACGGGGUUGGUGGACAUGGAUGAGUUGCUCAGAGACACCAAGGGUGAUUUCUUGGGCAGGGUGGAUGGUUUGGAUGUUUCGAGUCUAUGA